GCGAACAUGCAGCCGGCGUCGGGCGGCCGGGGGUGAGAGGGACCGGAGCCGCUGCGGGCUCGGACGGGGCGGCCGCGGCUUCGGGGACGGGGAGGGAAGAGCCUGGCGAGUUGUGAGAGGAUUCCGGCGGCCGGGCCCGGGUCUGACGGAGUGUGCUGUGCCGUCUCCGUGCAGGUGCGAGCGCCCGCGUCCCCGGGGCAGUGCGGAUGCUCCCCUCUUAAGGCGCGGCGUGCGCGGCUCGCCACCCGCCUAAAUCAUGGUGAUCAUGUCAGAGUAUACCGCCGUGCCCGCUGCCGGACAAGGCCAGCAGCGGCCUCUGCGAGUCGGCUUCUACGAUAUCGAGAGGACCUUAGGAAAAGGCAACUUCGCGGUGGUCAAACUGGCCAGGCACAGGGUGACCAAAACGCAGGUUGCAAUAAAAAUAAUAGACAAAACAAGGUUAGACCCAAGCAAUCUGGAGAAAAUUUAUAGAGAAGUUCAGAUAAUGAAGCUCUUGAAUCAUCCCCAUAUUAUCAAGCUAUAUCAGGUUAUGGAGACAAAGGAUAUGCUUUACAUUGUUACUGAGUUUGCAAAGAAUGGAGAAAUGUUUGAUCAUCUGACCUCCAAUGGGCACUUAAGUGAAAGUGAAGCACGGAAGAAAUUCUGGCAGAUUCUUUCAGCGGUGGAAUAUUGUCACAGCCACCACAUAGUGCACAGGGAUCUCAAGACAGAGAACCUUCUUCUGGAUGCUAACAUGAAUAUCAAGUUAGCAGAUUUUGGCUUUGGAAACUUCUACAAGUCGGGAGAGCCUCUCUCUACUUGGUGUGGAAGCCCACCCUACGCAGCUCCAGAAGUUUUUGAAGGCAAAGAAUAUGAAGGACCUCACCUUGACAUAUGGAGCCUUGGGGUGGUGCUGUAUGUACUUGUCUGUGGUUCUCUGCCUUUUGAUGGACCCAAUUUGCCAACUCUGAGGCAGAGAGUGCUGGAGGGGCGGUUCCGCAUCCCUUACUUCAUGUCCGAAGACUGUGAAACACUAAUCCGACGGAUGUUGGUUGUGGACCCAACCAAGCGAAUAACCAUUUCCCAAAUAAAGCAGCACAAGUGGAUGCAAGCUGACCCAUCUCUUCAACAUCAGCAGUCUUUGUCCUUCUCCAUGCAAAACUACAACUCCAACCUGGGUGACUACAAUGAGCAGGUCCUUGGGAUCAUGCAAACACUUGGCAUCGACAGGCAGAGAACUAUUGAGUCUCUGCAAAACAGCAGCUACAACCAUUUUGCUGCGAUUUAUUACCUGCUCUUGGAGCGCCUCAAGGAGUAUCGAAGCAGCCAGCUCUCGAGUCGGCCAGCAACUGGCCGUCAGCAAAGGCCAAGGAGCUCUGAGAUCAGUAAUGUUGAGAUGCCUCAGGACAGUCUCACUAGUGAAACCCUGCGAUCAUCUCUGCUUUACCAGCAACCUCAGAGCCUGAUUCAGCCAUCCUUGCAGGCAGAAAUGGACUGUGACAUCAACAGUCCAAUACAGCCUGUGUUCUUUCCUGUGGAUCCCAACUUCAACGGGCUCUUCCGGAACCGCUCCAUCUCCCCCAACAGCCUUCUGGAGACCACCAUUAGUGAAGAAGUAAGGCAGGACAAGGAGCUGGAAGAUGAAAUUAAGGCAUAUGACCACCCCAUUCGCAUCCCUAGCAACACUAGCAGGAGGCACACACUGGCUGAAGUGACCACUCAUUUCUAUCAGCAUGCUCCUCCAUGUAUAGUCAUUUCCUCUUCUGCAAGCCCCACAGAGGGAACUAGUUCAGACAGCUGCCUUACUUCAUCUUCAAAUGACAGCUCAGUGGCCCUGAGCAGCUGUUUGGCAGGUCAAGUAAUGACGGGGAGUCCAGCCACAGCUAGGAUGACGUCAUCCUUCCUAGCUUCCCAGUCUGACGCUCCAGUGUUACAAGCUCAAGGCUGCAUGGGAGGGGCUUCUCUCCUGCCUGUCAGCUUCCAAGAAGGAAGACGAGCAUCUGAUACCUCAUUAACUCAAGGCUUGAAGGCUUUUAGGCAGCAGCUGCGGAAGAAUGCACGAGCCAAGGGGUUUCUCGGCUUGAAUAAAAUCAAAGGCUUUGCUCGGCAGGUGUGUCAGUCCUCCUCAUCUCGGGCAGCAAGGAGUGCCAUGAGCCCUUUCCAGCACACACAGCCCAACACCUGCAUGUACAGCACCAGUGGGAGCAGCAGAGAAGGAAGAAGCCUCUUGGAGGAGGUGCUACAGCAGCAGAGAAUGCUUCAGCUCCAGCAUCACCAGCUGCUCCAGACAGUUUGUCCCCAGGCUUCUCAGACAUCUGCAACAAAUGGCAUCCCCUCUUCAGAUAGCAUGGGUACCUGCAAAGCAGCCAAUUCUCUUCUGUUGUCAGAGCUACAAAGAGAGAACUCAUUUGAGCUGGCCUUUGCUGGCAACAGCCAACUGCUCCAACCUCACUUCUUUGGUGUCAGCGUGUCGCCAGUGUCCUCAGCAGCUCACCUUUUAGACACACACCUGUACAUCAGCAGCAAUGUUUCUCCAGUUGGCACCACCUUCUCUCAGCAACAGAGUUUCUCUGUGCAGUCUCCAAGCUGUGAGACUGUCACUCUGCAGCAUGGGGACUGUGAGAUGGAGGACCUGACUUCCAACCAGCUAGGGAAGUUUGUCCUGGUCAAAUGAGAACCCCAGUUGCUGCAGCACACCCUGCUCUCGUUGUGAAGAACUUUUACCACUGUUCCAUGGCCUGUGUGGGUCCAUGGCUGGCUGGUGUCAUGUGGAGGAGUGACUCUCAGAAGCAAUAAAUUUUGAAGUAUGUGAAGAGGCUGUCUGGCUCAGAAAGCUAGCAACUUUACAGAACUGAAACAAGCAAUAUGUAUGUCUUUUUGCUUCUACUAUUCUUGCACUGAACAAAUACGAAUAGAAACUGAAUUUUUUAAAGGAAAAAUAAUGAUGGGGUAGGUGGGUGGGGCAUUUGUGGGGACAGGGAGGGAUGUGGUUGGGGAAGAACUCUUUGGUACUGUACUCAAGUCAGACCAAUACAGCUCUGCUGUUAUGCAAGAUUAGCAGCUGUCAGUAGUGGUGACACAGCAGGGAGAGGCUUUCAAAGAAGGGACCAGAGCCUCCCUUUUUCACAAUAUUCAUUUAUGGGUUUGUGAAGAUGAUUACCUCUUUUAAAGAAAAUAAACAGAAAAACCAGUGGCAUGCAGCAUCAUGCAUUCAUAGAAGACAAAAAUGGAAGCAUUGCCAUUUGCCAUUUGUUGGGGUUUUUCCCUCCUGUUAAACGCUCAUUUUAUUUAAAGGAACCAACAUCCCCAUUCCACACCUCCGAGAUAACUUACACUUUAGAUAAAAACUGUGAAUUCCUUGCUUGAUACAUCAGCUGGAAAAGCAUAAAAAGCCCUUCUAAUUAGUACAGAAGCAAGUCAUCUGUUGAAAAUGUAUCCCUUGAUGUCACAGUCCAAACUGCAUAACGCCUGGUCUCUUGCAGGGAUGUCUGUUUGGGGGUGUUGUGCGUGCGUGCGUGUG